GAGCAGGUGUCUGCUGCUGAGACACCAAGUCCUCCCCAGAGCCCUCAGGGUGCCUGCCCUUCCCCCUCUGCCAUGGCAGCCAUUCCCUGGAGCCAAUCUGAUGAUGAGAGCUCCAGCAGCCAAGAUGAGGGGCCAAGCACUUGGGGUGCCCCAGAAGAUGAUGCUGAUUCCUUGCUUAAAAAAGCCCUGAAUUUGAAGAUGACAGAAAUGGUGGAGCUCCUGCUCCUGAAGUAUCAUGCAAAGGAGCCAAUCACAAAGGCAGAAAUGCUGAGUAGCGUAAUCGAAGAGUACCAGGACCACUUCCCUGAGAUCUUCAGCGCAGCCUCUGAGUGCAUGCAGCUCCUCUUUGGCAUUGAUGUGAAGGAAGUGGACCCCAGCAACCACACCUAUGUUCUGGUUACCACUUUGGGGCUCACUUAUGAUGGGAUGGUGAGUGAUGGGCACAGAUUUCCCAACACUGGCCUCCUGAUCACACUUCUGUGGGUUAUCGCUGCGGAGGGUGAUUGUGCUCCUGAGGAGAAAGUCUGGGAAGCACUGAAUGUCAUAGGGGUGCAUGAUGGGAAGGAGCAUUGGAUCUAUGGGGAGCCCAGGGAGCUCAUCACCAAAGUUUGGGUGCAGGAACAGUACCUGGUGUACCGGCAGGUGCCCAACAGUGAUCCUGCAUGCUAUGAGUUCCUGUGGGGUCCCAGGGCCCACGCUGAGACCACCACGUUGAAAGCCCUUGAGUUUUUGCUCAAGGUUAAUGACAGGGAUUCCAGUUCCCUCCCAUCCCUGCCUGAAGGGCCUGAGUGCAAAGAGGACCACUUUGCCUGA